UUCGCAUUUAGUUUUUCCUCCAUCUUUGGGUUUGCUGCACUCUGACCCCGUCAGAGAAAAACACAUCCUCUCGGCAACACCGCUCGAAGUGACGGCGGAUUCGCAUGCAGAUCAGAAGCCGUUGGUAUCGACGAGCAGCUGAGAAUAAAGAGGCAGCUGUUGUUGAGACAGUGAGCCAGAGCAGAGCGUCAUUCUGCAUUUUGCAUUCUUGGGGGUGGGGAGUAAGCGAGGACAGUUAGAGCAGUAAUGGUGGUUGAGAUCUAUAUUUAGCCUGGUGAGACCCCCCAUCAUAUACACCGACAGCUGUCCCUCCUCCUCCUCGUCUCACCGUGCAGUGUCAGGAAUAGAGGAGUCCAGUCAACGAGUUGUGAGGGACGUGAUCUCACUGGAUCUCUCUUCUCUCUUUUUCUCUCUCUUUGAACUUGUAUUUUGGACCGUACUGAAAGACAGAAAGUAGGGAAGCCACACUGGCACUAAGGAACCAGCGCACGGGAGCUGAGUGCUGUGGCAAGACAUUCUUACUUGAAGCUCGGUCCAAGGUCCAGAAUCUAUCUUGCUCAGAAUCAUAUCUCUUGGCUGUCACAUAAAAAGCUCCCUUCCUGAUUGCUGUUUAUCCCGCGCUCUUCAUUAACCGGCCCAGCCCAUGAGCGCGACGUCAUCACCAUGGCUUUCUCAUCACGCUUUUCCUUCUGGGAGCAAAAGGUUAAAGAAGAGAACAAGACAGCCCCCAAGAGUUUGAAAGAGAGCUCAGAUAGCAAUGGCAGUUUCAGUGGUCGAUCCCAGUCAGUACCAAGUCUGGAGCCUGCUAAAGUCCUGCUGCGUACCAAGAGCCCCCAGCCUGCUCGGACACCGCCUGGAUGUCCCCAGUCCCAGCCACAGCUCCGGGACCGAUUCAAAAGCCCUUCACCCACAAGGAACAGGUUUUCCUUUAUCAAGAGUCCAGAACCAUUCAAGAUCCAGGAGCGUUUUAAAAGCCCUGAGCCCUGUCCAGAGCCUGUUAUAAAUGGAGAUAGCAAGACCAAUGGUUCUUUAGAUGGCAACGCCACAGGCAGUGCCCAUCAGCCAGAGACGACGGAGGACCCAAAUGGUGCAACUCCUAGAAAGGUUGUGAAGGUGAUAAAGAGAGUGGUGAGAAGUGUAGAACCUUCUCCUGCUGAGCCCCUGAAAUCGACUUCUGAGCCAUCCAAACCCUCAACAAUGGCUACGAUACCCCAACCUACCCCAGAUACACCAAAACCUAUGCCAGCAUCUGUGCCCAAGGUCACAAAGAGGCCCAUGUUCUCUUUUAAACAUGACUCAGUAAAGAAAGAGGAAAAAGAUGACAUCUCCACAGGACUAGCCAGUCUAAUGAGCCGAGGCAGGACCAGGGAUCCACGACCUCGUCCCUGUAAAGAGGUGUCUGCAGAAAAACAAGAGCAAAAGGCGGAGGAGAAAACUGUAGACAAUGAGAGCUCAGUAGUAACAGAGAAGAGUGCACAGACACCAGAAGUCAGUCAGAGUACGCCUUCAAAGCCAGAGGAAAAGACCUUAGCAUCUUCUCCCCUGGCAACUUCUCCCUUGGCAUUUUCUCCCCCUACCUCUCCUGCUACUUCCUCUCCAGUAAAGUCCCCUGUUUCCCCACCAACUGGAUUCAUCCCUGCUUCAAAGAGGGUACCUGUGCCAAAGACUUGCCCCAUGGUCCCUUUUGCUGGUUUUAUUCCCAAAGCUACUGAAGUCCCAAAAACCCAUACAGUUUCUGCAUCACCAACAUCAAUUUCAGAUCCUAAACCUGCAUCCAUUGUAGCCAAGCCAGCGCCUGUAAUUUCCAAAGUACCUCCAGGUGUUUCUCCCAUCAAAUCCCCCAUUAACUCAUGUCCUGAACCUUUAUGUGCUUCACCUGGUUUCACACCAACCUCCAAUCAAGUGAUUACAAAGAGCCUAAAGGAGAGCCCUCCACCGAGUCCUACCAGUGCAGCUCAGAGACGACUGGAGCAGAUCUUCUUUGCAUCUCCGGAGCCCGAGCAAACCGCAUCUGUGUCCGCAUCCACUCAGGUCCAGGGCCAGCCUGAGACAUCGUCUUCAUCUCUCAGCCUUGCAGCAGUGUGUUCUCGUGCGGUCUGCUUCAGCGGACAGGUGGAAGAGGAUCCCGUGGCUGUCCUACAGGCGGCACAUGCUGCUGCCGCCCCGCCUAAGGUGAAGACGGAGGAGCAGAUUGCUGCAGAGCAGGCAUGGUACGGCUCCGAGAAAGUGUGGCUGGUCCACAAGGAUGGCUUCUCCUUGGCCACAUUGCUGAAGACGGAGGCGGGCAGCCUGCCAGAGGGCAAGGUGAAGAUCAAACUGGAGCAUGACGGGACAGUACUGGACGUGGACGAGGACGAUGUGGAGAAGGCGAACCCUCCAUCCUUCGACCGCUCUGAGGACUUGGCGACUCUGCUCUACCUGAACGAGUCGAGCGUGAUGCACUGUCUGCGGCAGCGUUAUGGAGGAAACCUCAUCCACACAUACGCCGGGCUCAGCAUGGUGGUCAUCAACCCCAUCAGUGCUCCUUCUAUGUACUCUGAAAAGGUGAUGCACAUGUUUAAAGGCUGCAGGCGUGAGGACACAGCACCGCAUGUCUACGCAGUGGCUCAGUCGGCCUACCGGAACCUUCUGACCACGCGGCAGGACCAGUCCAUUGUCCUGCUCGGCAAAAGCGGCAGCGGCAAGACCACCAACUGCCAGCACCUGGUGCAGUACCUGCUCUCCAUCGCUGGCAGCACCGGCAAGAUCUUUUCAGCGGAGAAAUGGCAGGCGGUCUACACUAUCCUGGAGGCUUUUGGGAAUUGUGCUACCUCCAUGAAUUCAAACGCGAGCCGCUUCUCCCAGAUUGUCUCUCUGGACUUCGAUCAAGCUGGCCAGGUGGCUUCUGCUUCCAUCCAGACGAUGCUGCUGGAGAAACUGAGGGUGGUCAAGAGACCGGAGACUGAGUCCACUUAUAAUGUAUUUUAUUACAUGAUGGCUGGAGCAGACAACACUCUCAGAACCGAGCUACAUUUCAACCACUUUGCUGAGAACAACACCUUUGGAAUUAUGCCUCAGUCAAAGUCGGAAGACAAGCAGAAAGCAGCACAACAGUUCACUAAGCUGCAGGCAGCUAUGAAGGUGCUUGGUAUCUCUGCUGAUGAGCAGAAGGCACUUUGGCUCAUAUUGGGGGCCAUCUACCACCUGGGAGCCGCUGGGGCAACAAAAGCCGGUCGAAAACAGUUUGCACGUCAUGAGUGGGCCCAGAAAGCGGCCUACCUCCUGGGCUGCACCCUUGAAGAACUUUCCUCGUCUAUCUUUAAACACCAUCCAAAGGGAACCCUGCAGAGAUCCACUUCCUUCCGCCAGGGUCCAGAUGAUGUCGGUGUUGGAGAAAGCCCAGGUACAAAGAUCACAGCCCUGGAGUGUCUGGAGGCCAUGGCAGCUGGGCUCUACGCAGAACUCUUCACUCUCGUCAUCUCCCUCAUCAACCGCGCACUGAAAUCAAGUCAGCACUCACUGUGCUCCCUUCUUAUUGUCGACACUCCUGGUUUUCAAAAUCCUCGGCUGGCGAAGCGCGGUGCCACUUUCGAGGAGCUGUGCCAUAACUACGCUCAGGAGCGACUGCAGGCCCUGUUCCAGGAGCGCACAUUCGUACAGGAGCUGGAGCGAUACAAGGAGGAAAACAUAGAGCUUGCGUUAGAUGACAUAGAACCCAGUACAUCCUUAUCUGUAGCAGCUAUAGACCAAGCCUCAACCCAAGCGCUGGUGAGGACGCUGGCGAGGACCGAUGAGGCGCGUGGAUUGCUGUGGCUGAUGGAGGAAGAGGCUCUGCAGCCCGGGGGCUCAGAGGAAACACUGCUGGAGCGCCUUUUCAGCUACUACGGCCCCUCGGAGGGAGAGGUCAAAGCCCCUAAACUGCUGCUGAAGAGUGAGAAACAGCAUCACUUCCUGCUGGGUCACAGUCAUGGUACAGACUGGGUGGAAUAUGAUGUUCAGGGCUGGUUGUGUCAUGCCAAGCAGAACCCAGCCUCCCAGAAUGCUGUUAUUUUGCUGCAGGACUCACAGAAGAAGAACAUCAGCGGUCUGUUCAUGGGGCGUUCAGGAGGCGCCACAGUGCUCUCGGGCUCCAUCGCCGGCCUGGAAGGAGGCUCUCAGCUAGCCCUGCGCCGAGCGACCAGCAUGAGGAAGACUUUCACCACCGGCAUGGCUGCUGUCAAAAAGAAGUCCCAGUGCAUCCAGAUCAAGCUGCAAGUGGAUGCUCUGUUAGACACAUUGAGGCGUUCCAGAGUGCAUUUUGUGCAUUGCCUGCUGCCCAAAGCGGAGGCCUUGAGUGGAGAGUUGCGUGUUCAUGGAGAAAGCUGCGACACAGGGCUCAUGCAGCUGGACGUGGUGAUGCUGCGCGCUCAGCUCCGAGGCUCCAAACUGCUCGACGCUCUGCGCAUAUAUCGCCAAGGUUACCCCGAUCACAUGGUGUUCUCAGAAUUCCGCCGGCGCUUUGACGUCCUAGCGCCACACCUGACGAAAAAGCACGGACGCAACUAUAUUGUGACAGAUGAGAAAAGGGCUGUGGAGGAGCUGCUGGAGUUUCUGGAGCUGGAAAAAAGCAGCUAUCACAUGGGGUUGAGCAGGGUAUUCUUCAGGGCAGGUGUUCUGGCUAAGCUGGAGGAACAGAGGGAUCUGCAGACCAGACGCAACAUCACCCUCUUCCAGGCCACAUGUAGAGGCUACCUCGCCCGCCAAGCCUUCAAAAAGAGGAAGAUCCAAGACCUGGCCAUACGCUGCAUCCAGAAGAAUAUUAAGAAGAACCGUGGCGUGAAGGACUGGCCCUGGUGGAAGGUCUUCACCACAGUGCGGCCUCUCAUCCAAGUGCAGCUCAGCGAGGAGCAGAUCCGAGGCAAAGAUGAGGAGAUUCAGCAGCUGAAACUGAAAGUGGAGAAAGUAGAGAAGGAGAGAAAUGAGUUGCGACUCAACACUGAUCGAUUAGAGAGCAAGAUCACAGAGCUGUCAUCGGAGCUGGCCGAUGAAAGGAACACGGGCGAGUCUGCCUCUCAGCUGCUCGAGUCCGAGACCUCCGAGAGACUACGGCUGGAGAAGGACUUGAAAGACCUUCAGGCCAAGUAUGAGUCUAUGAAGAAGCAGAUGGAGUCGAUGGAGAUGGAGGUGAUGGAGACUCGGCUCAUACACGCCUCCGAGCUUAACGGAGAGAUGGAUGAUGAUGACACAGGAGGAGAGUGGAGACUAAAGUAUGAGCGAGCGGUCCGAGAGAUCGAGUUCACUAAGAAGAGACUGCAGCAAGAGUUUGACGACAAGCUGGAAGUUGAGCAGCAGAACAAGAGGCAGCUCGAACGACGGCUGACAGACGUGCAGGCAGACAACGAGGAGGUGCAGCGUGUGGCGCAGCAGCUUAAGAAGAAAUGCCAGAAGCUGACAGCCGAGCUGCAGGACACCAAACUUCACCUCGAAGGCCAGCAAAGUCGCAACCACGAGCUGGAAAAGAAGCAGAGGAAGUUUGACUCUGAGCAGAGUCAGGCCCAGGAGGAGGUGCAGAAAGAGAGAAGUCAGCGUGAGAAGCUGAGCCGGGAGAAAGACGUACUGUCUGGAGAAGUGUUUAGCCUCCGACAGCAACUGGAGGACAAAGAUCUAGAGAUGUGCGCACUCAACGUGAAGCUGGAGCAGAUGGAGGCCGAGCUGCAGGAUCUGAACUCUCAGGAAUCGAAGGACGAAGCGUCGCUAGCCAAGGUUAAAAAGCAGCUUCGGGACUUGGAGGCAAAAGUCAAAGACCAAGAGGAGGAGCUUGACGAGCAAGCAGGCACUAUUCAAAUGUUGGAGCAGGCCAAGCUACGUCUGGAGAUGGAGACGGAGAGGCUGAGACAAACGCACUCCAAAGAGAUCGAGAGCAAAGACGACGAGGUGGAGGAGAUCAGACAGUCAUGUAGUAAGAAGCUGAAGCAGAUGGAGGUCCAGUUAGAGGAGGAGUACGAAGAUAAACAGAAGGUCCUUAGGGAGAGGAGAGAGCUAGAGGCUAAGCUGCUGACCGCUCAAGACCAGGUUAGCCACAGAGAUGUGGAGACAGAAAAGCGCCUCAGGAAAGACCUGAAGCGCACCAAAGCCCUUCUUGCUGAUGCUCAGAUCAUGCUGGACCACCUGAAGAACAACGCACCUAGCAAGAGGGAGAUUGCCCAGCUGAAAAACCAGCUGGAGGAGUCAGAGUUCACCUGUGCUGCUGCAGUCAAGGCCCGCAAGGCUAUGGAGGUGGAAAUCGAGGACCUUCAUGUUCAGAUGGAUGACAUCUCCAAAGCCAAGCAGGCUUUGGAGGAGCAACUGAGCCGUGUGCAGCGGGAGAAGAACGACCUGCAGUCACGCAUGGAGGAAGACCAGGAGGACAUGAACGAGCUCAUGAAGAAGCACAAAGCGGCUGUUGCCCAGUCCUCUCAGAGCCUCGCACAGGUCAGCGAGCUCCAGAGUCAGCUCGAGGAGGCCAUGAAGGAGAAACAGGAAAUCCAGGAGAAGCUCACUGCGCUGCAGAGUCAAUUGGAGUUCCAGGAACAGUCGAUGGUGGACAAGUCUCUGGUCAGCAGGCAAGAGGCCAAGAUCCGUGAGAUAGAGACCAAGCUAGAGUUCGAGAAGACGCAGGUGAAACGUCUGGAGAGUCUCGUGUCAAGGCUUAAGGAGAAUGUGGAAAAACUGACAGAGGAACGUGACCACCGUAGCACCAGUGAGAACCGUGAGAAGGAGCAGAACAAACGGCUGCAGCGUCAAAUACGUGACCUCAAGGAAGAGAUGGGAGAACUGGCCAAAAAGGAGGCUGAAGCCAGCCGGAAAAAGCACGAGCUGGAAAUGGACAUCGAGAGCUUGGAGGCUGCAAAUCAGAGUCUUCAGGCAGACCUGAAACUGGCCUUUAAAAGGAUCGGUGACCUGCAGGCUGCUAUCGAAGAUGAGAUGGAGAGUGAUGACAACGAAGAUCUUAUCAACAGCUUACAAGACAUGGUGACUAAGUAUCAGAAACGAAAGAACAGAACUGAAGGAGACUCGGAUUCUUGCUCCGAAGUAGAGGACCGAGUUGAUGGCGUGAAGUCCUGGCUCUCCAAAACCAAAGGCUCAGCCAAAAAUUUGUCAGAUGACGGCAGCUUGAAGAGCUCAAGCUCCCCCCACGGCCGAAGACGCUUCUGCCUCAGCAGAUCCGACGAGGACGAGGAGGAAGAGAAGGAAGAAAGCCGCCGCACAGCCCGAAGCUCCUCCCGCUGCUGAUGCACCUCGAUCAGCUACCUAAACAACUGGGGCAAGCAGGAUGCGUGUCACCCUUCUAUACACACACAAACAAAUUCUUCACUCAGUAUUGCAUCCUUCUUGGAUUGGGUCUAAGGAUUGAGGCGAAGUACUGUACAGCACCAUAUAUGUCUUUACUGCACUGCGUGCGCGCACACACAGUUUUCACUUGUACGAUUGCAUUUAGUGAUGCUCCUUCUACUUUCAUGCAUGGUGUUAUAGAUACUUAUGCCAUCAAGUGUCCAAUGCGCACUACACUGGAAGUUUUUUUUUUCUUUUUCUUUUUGGGGUGGAGUGGAACUGCUUUGUCCUGUUUCCAUCGACUGAGUGUAUUGCAGCAUUGGUCCAGGUUUCUGCUCUGCUUGUCCAGUCGUGCUGCCAUCCGUCAAGCUUGAGCUAAAAGAAAAUCCAGGAUUAGCUUGCUAAGCUAAAGUGGGGAGAUUUGUCCUGUUUGCACUUCAUAAAAUAAAUAUGAAAAUGGAAAGAAACACUGUUCUACCAAAAAAAAAAAAAAGGUUUUGUUGAAAGUGUUUACAUAGAUUACAGGACAAGUCAGAGGAAGUCAAGUAAGUAGUGUUAGCAAAGCAGGUAUGAGCAAACUCACCCUCUUUCUCUCUCUCACACACACACACAGACACACUAUGUCAUAAGACUCUGAAAUGUCUUUUUCCUUAUCGAUCUUGCUGCGCAGUGGGUUAAUUUGUAUUUUUUUUCCCAUGCUGAAGAAGGCUGCACCCACGGUUUCUCCCUCUUCAUCCUCACUGUGAUUUAAUAUGUUUUUAGUUGUCACAUGUCAUUCACCUGACAGUACUGUGCUCGUCAUCAUCUCCCUUUUUCGCCAUCGUCUGUACGCUCGUUUUGUUUAACAUACAUUCUGGAUUUUCCAAAGGGAAUGUACUUGAUCUUAAGUUUGGUGCAGAUUGACGAUAACCUUGCCCAUUACUGGAAAUCACAUCGUCUUUAACAGCUGUGAACGACCUUUACGUUGAUCUUAUACAAGCGAAACAACACACAAGUGGCGUGAGCACAUAAAAAGAACAGAUGCUGUGAAUCCAUCUUUCUUUGCUUCCUUUCCUUCCAUUUCUGUAGUUUUGCUACUUUCUUUCUUUCCUUUCUUCCUUCAUUUAUUAGGUAUGUUUCUAAGUUGGACUCUGCAGUAUUUUCAGCUUUACUUUUUAAAUUUGAUGUAGAGCUGCAUUUAACAAACCUCUUUUUGUGUUUGUUAUUUUGCUUUCAUGAUAGUAUUUAUGGACUAGCCUUAAUGAAUUGCUCAAUGUUGCCAAAUGCACACCGUUUUACAAAAAAAAGCAUAGAGCGGAAAGACUCUCUGCUUAUUUUAUUUCAUUUCAAAGGGAGCCAGCAUUUGUUUCUCAUUGUUUUUAUGAACUCUGAUAGGUCAGUGAUUUCAUCCUUAUUUCUAUGCAGUCAUUAUUAAUUUUAUUUAAAGGUGUGUGUUUUAUCAUGUUCCUGGCUCAAUACAAACACAAGGCAAAAAGAUACGUAACACUGCUGGCUGUACACAUUUAAUAUGGAUAUAUAAGUCUUUACGAUUCAUCAUAGCUUUUAAAAUAACUCAUGUUUAUUUUCCUUAUCGAAUAAAUGACCACUUGUUAUAAGUAAUAAUUUUUUUCCAUUAUGGUUUAAUAUAUUGUAAAUAAAUGAUGGUGAUUGUU